AUGGCCCUGUCGCAGCCAGUUGCAACCCCGGCAUGGCCCUCUCAAGCGCCGGAUCCCACCGCGCAACGAGAGGCACUGGCCCAAGCAAGAAAACUCCACGCUGCGCGCCGCCGUGCCGAGGACCACAAGAGAGCUCUCCCGAGCACGCCAGCACGCGGCAACUCGCUGCGCAGAGUGAAGGACUCCCGCGAGCAGCUGCGCACCACCAGGGCCCGCGGCACCAGCAACGCGACGACCGACUCGACCCCGAGCACCGCGCCCGGCCGCUCCUUCACCGUCGCCAACAUCAACCACGGCAUCAUCUACCUGAGGCCCUCGGCACGCCCUGCACAUCAGCGCGCCCGCCCGCCAGAGCCCAUCUUCCCCCAGACACCGCCCGACAGCGCCACCCUCGACUCCAGGGCCCGCCCGACGAGCGAGGACUGGGAGAAGACCGUCUACGAGGCCAAGACACCCACCCGCACCGACUUUGUCCUGCCGCCCCUGCCGACUGACGUGAAGACGGACGAUGCGAUCAAGCUCUCGCGGCCUGCCUAUAUCGACUCGUCCCCUGCGCCCGCCGCACAUGCCCACCACAUCCGCUCGCGAUCCUUCUCCACCGUCGACGAACACACGGUGAGCUCGCAGAGCUUUGAGCCCGGCACCUUCAAGGUCGUCAUUGAGCGCUCGGGGCGCCCCAGGACGGCCGACACGGAGACGACGCCCAUUCUCGAGGUCCCCAUUCCCUCCUAUCGCCUGGGCACGCCGCGUUUCAGCGCUCGAGGAACCGCCAUUCUGCGCAGCUCCACCUACACCAGCGCUGCCGGCACCGACGAUUACAGGGCAUCCUUCCUGACCCCACAGCGCGCGACCCACUCGUUCCUCUCGUCCCGCCCACGAUCCGACGUUUAUUCGCCCAGCUCCUUCAACUUUCGCGCCACUAUGGACCUACGGCCUCCGCUGCCUUCGUCGGAGCCCUCUUCAGCCCGCAUUUCCAAGAUCCCAAUCGGGCCCCAGAUAUACGAUGCGCUCACUGUGAACCCCGACGAUCACGCUGUUGUCCGCUUCUCUGCGACCGGAGACAUUAUUGCUGCUACGCCGUCACGUCUCAUUGCACACAUAACCUCGCCUAGCUUCCUCGACUACGAGCUGCUGUCCGACUUCUUCCUGACUUUUAGGUCGUUUCUGGUCGCCCGUGAACUCGUCGCCUACCUUUUGUCACGCUUGAGAUGGGCUGUGAAUCGCCAGGAUGACUUUGGCCGCAUCGUCCGCGUCCGCACUUUCGUCGCCCUCCGGCACUGGAUCCUCAAUUACUUCGUCGAUGAUUUCGUACCAAAGUACCGUCUGCGUGUGUACUUUUGUGAGCUGGUAAAUGGGCUGCACAAAGACCUCAGAGCCCGUGAAGAUGGCGGCGGUGGUGACAUUAAAAUCAUUGGCGAGCUGAAAAAAUGCUGGAGAAGGACGUGCGCCUUGUAUUGGGAAAGCGACGAGCGAAUUGGCCAGGAUGGGGCAAACGAAGAUCUACAGCCUGGAGGGAAACCGGGAUCGCUGGCAUCCGUGGACGAGAACGCGUUUGCGGCACCCUUGCCGUCAACACCUCCUCGAGGUCCUGCCCCGCGCCAGGUGAGCGAGCAAACCAACCCGGAAACCAUUGGCUCGAACCCCAGCGACCAAUUUGCCAGCAAACAUAUGGACUGGGCUCACAGGGCUCGGCACACGCCUCAAAAUAGCCUAAGCUCUCCAUAUAUCCCCUCGCAGUACGCUUCCCAGUACGAGCCAGGCGUGAGAAUACCCUUGUCGCCCGACAGCGAACGCAGUAUGCAAGUCCUGUCUUGUUCCAUCCCAAUGAGGGGCUUGAAUAGAACAGAAGCGGCAAAAGACGUACCCUUGCAUGCGUAUCCUGUGCCGCAUCCUGUGGCAGCACCGCCAUCACGUCUCACAGCCAGUCCACAACAACCUUCACCUGCAAAGCAGUCGAACAGGCCAUCACAUGGACACAAACGUAGCGGAAGUUUUUCGGACGCUCUGCGCGACCACAGAACGCAUCUUUCGUUCCCAAAGAGCACGACCUCUGACGGAGACAUUACCACCGUAGAUAUCACAACGAUCUCGAAGAUUCCCGGCAGUCUCGUGCGCGGUGGGCUCUUCCAGCCAGGCUCACCGUACAUCGAUGUGAAGAACGGCAGUUUGAGGCACACAAAAUCACGUUUGGAGCUUGCACAUGAAGAGGUUGUACAUCCUGAUGUGCAGUUUCGCGGCGGGUAUGUGGCGAGUCCGGGCGUAAAGAAGCUUCUUGGGAGUGUUCGGCGUGCCUUGAGCAGCAAGCAACCGGGUUCUUCAAGCCCGCACUUUGCCCACGGCUUCCAGCACCAUGCAGCAUCCUCAGCGCGAUCUUCGAACCCUGCUACCAUCUCGACCGCCGUUUCUGGUGUCCAAAGGCGUCGAAACACCCGUCCUCGUCUUCAGGUCCGAGUCGAUGUGCUCGCAUCUGCGGUUGCUGAAAGCUUCAAAGAAGCAGUGCAAGAACAGCUGAAGAACGAGCAGCAGCGACAGAGUAUGAUCCCCGCCCCUGCUCUCGGAGGAUUCGAGUUUGAGUUUGAGAAACGCAAGUCGAACAGCAACAGCAGCCAAGGCCAACUCAAAUCCACCAAGAAGGAGGACCUUCGAUUCAACAGCGGCAUCACGACCGGAAGCAAGUCCAUAGUCAUCAUGGACGACACCGGCGCACCGCCUGUCCCCAUGAUGACCGGGGCUCUACCAUUCUCUGAAAAGGGACAAGGCUCCAUCAGCUCUGUUCCUAUUGACUUGACUAGGGUAGCAUCAAUCGAUGCAAAGAUCGACGACGAAAAGACUGAUAUACAUCCCGAGCACAGGGAAAUAGAAGUCCCGCAAGACUGGGAACGAGUAUCUCGCCCAUCGAUUCAACCGUCCAUUGUACCACAAAGACGAUCAGCCUCUCUCGGGAGAGAACGGAUGCAUUCAUUCCGGCGACGGGGCUCAACGAAGACGUCAAUGUCACGCCCUGCAUCUCUGCGCCGACAUACGUCUCAUGCUAGCGGUUUAGGGAGACAGAAACCCAUCGAAAGCAUGUCGACCUUCAAGACCAUGUCCUCGGACAAUGACCCCUUUCAGUUCGAUCGCCAGUCUUCCAUCAAGGCAUUGAAGCCCGCUCGUCAACUCCGACGUCGCCCGGGUGGUGAUCUUCGCGCUGCUGAUAACGUGCAAGAUCUGGAACAAGGACAGCGCCCGCACUCCACGGGAUCCGUAUCCAAUCGCACUCAUUCUAUCGCCAACUCUGUCAUCCUGAGGACGGAUCGAUUUGAUGGGCUUACCAAAGGAGCUGAGAAAGAGGAUGACAGCGACGCAGAGGGCGAGCUGAGAAAGCGACCACAUAUCUCAUUAGUGGAUACUCACUCUUCCCAACCCAAUCUCAGACCGUCUUUCGAAGCUGAAGUAGCUAAGCUGGCAGCUCUGCCGGACGAUAUACACGACGAUGGUGGAAUCGAGUCUGCUUUGAUGAAGCUGGAAGGAAGGUAUGAGAAGAAGUCGCCAGAUCUAGCGGACUCAAGUUCAAAGACAUCUCCCAGGGCUGAUGUCGGCUUGGGGGCCUUUAAGCCCUCUGCGCCGCUGGUAGAGACAUAUGUACCAACGGGUUACAACCCUUCGCAGCCGAGAGACCACGCCAAAGGCGACGAUGCCUUGCAUCGACCACUUGCUCCUCCGGGCGCCGAAGGGCAAGACAUGUACCGCCUCUCUGGGGAAGCUUUCAAUCGCCGCGUGCCCCCCGUCGACUCGCAGAUCGAGUCGGAGGAUUCCUAUUCCUCUGUACCGCUUCUUGAUCGAGGGCUGAGCGGCCUCGGCCGGCCUACAAGAGCCCGUGCAUCAACGUUGGAAACGAUGAGAUUAUCAGCGAAACCUGCUCCAUUGAAUCCUACGAGUCCUGUGACCCGGAUUGAAGAGCUUACUACUUCGUCAAAUUCAUCGAUCGAACACAUCAUCAAGACGGACAGCAUGAAGAGGAUUCCAGCAGACGAGACGAUGCCGAGGUCAUCGAUUGCUCGCGAAUCGUUCCUCCUAGACGAUGAAGAGGAUCUCAGCGAUCUCGGGUCCACUAGAAGAACCAUGUCAAAUGACAGCAAUGGCGUCCGAAGCUUCUUCGACGAUGAGACCCCUGUGGGCGACAAGGACGAGUUUCUACCUACUCAUCCGAUGCGACACCCGCCUACGCCUCCGCUCACAGCCAAUCGAUUAAAAGAUACCCUGCCUCAGGUCGACACCACCGUCUUCGAGAAAGGCCUUCCUACACCUGGUAUGUCGCCGGCAUCUCGCCUCAACGGGCAAUCAUUUGAGAUGCUUGGCCAGCCAAAGGAGCCUACUGUGCACCCACAGGAGACCAAGCAGGAGAGCCCGGCGGCGGAGCCUCCUCACUUCCCAUUCAUCCUCGCAUACGACUCGGAGACUCUCGCGCAGCAGUUCACCAUCAUCGAGAAGGAUGCGCUCGAUGAGAUUGACUGGAGGGAGCUUAUCGAGCUUCGCUGGAAACAAUCAUCUCCUCAGAUCUCCGACUGGGUCGACUACUUGCGCACACAAGAGGCAAGAGGGGUCGACGUUGUCAUUGCUCGGUUCAACUUGGUGGUCAAGUGGGCUGUCUCCGAGAUCGUGCUUACGGAGAGCAUUGAGGAGCGAGCCAAAUGCAUUGUCAAGUACAUCCAUAUUGCCUCGCACGCCCGAAGACUGCGAAACUACGCGACAAUGUACCAGCUCUCCAUCGCUCUCCUGUCUAACGAUGUCUCUCGUAUGCGGAAGACGUGGUCGCUAGUUCCUGCCGCUGAGCUGCACACCAUGAGAGAACUGGAAGCGCUCGUACAACCUCUCAAGAACUUCCACAACUUACGCGUAGAGAUGGAGACGGCCACAAUCGAGGAGGGGUGCAUUCCCUUCAUCGGCAUAUACACACGAGACCUCAUCUACAACGCGCAGAAGCCCGCGUUCAUCGAUGCGCCUCCCGCGGCUGGAGAGAGGCUAGUCAACUUCGAACGACAUCACACGGCCGCCACGAUUGUCAAGAGUCUCCUGCGCCUCCUCGAGGCGAGUUCCCGCUACACGUUCAACGUCGAGCCCAACAUCAUUAGCAAAUGUCUCUGGAUGGCUGCCCUCAGCGACGACGAAAUCACAAAGCGCAGCCGCCAGUUCGAAUGA